AUGUGUGCUGUACCACAACGAUCACCGAAAGAAAAAAGACAAGAAACUCCAGAUGUCCAGACUGAAGAAUCACCGUUAUUUAAGUUACGGCAGAUGGACACCAUCGAUCGUUAUAAUCACCAAUAUUUCAACUUGAUUCGUUGUGUCAUCGAUACUGGUAUUGUUAAAUCCGAUGAACAUGGUACUAUGGUAAAAUCACUAUUUAGUUCGUCCAAUAUGCACUUCAAUUUACGUACAUCAGAACUUCCUCUGCUGAACUUUCACUGCUACGAUGUAUGGUAUUGUAUUAAAGAGUUAUUAUGGGUUGCAAAUGGAUGUAGAAAUCCAAUGAUUCACCAGAAAAAAACGAUGGACGCUGAAAAUUCUAACAAUUUACAAAAGAUUAGCAAGAAAGUGGGCUAUACAUACUGGAAGAAGGACGAUCUAGAGGAUUUGAUUCGUCUAAUUAAAGCUGAUCCAAAUUCACAUCGUCUAAUUAUAUGUGGCUGGAAUGUCAAAGAUGUACCUCUUACGUUUGUUCUUCCAUGUGAUAUUCUAUGUCAAUUCAAUGUAACGAAUGGUACUUUAUCAUGUUUGGUUUACGAAUGUUCAUCUAAUCUCUAUAUCGAGGUCCCAUUUAAAGUGGCUUUGUUUUCAUUACUUACUUACAUGAUUGCUCAUGUAUGUCACCUGGAUGUUGGAGAAUUUAUCUAUUCUGUCGGUGACAUAUACUUUAAUGAAGAACAACAUGAUCUACUGAAUGACGAACUAAGAAAAAAAUCACGGUUUCCAAAAUUGAAAAUAAAGAAACAAAUUCAAAGAAUCGUUGAUUUUAAAUUCGAAGAUUUUUUAUUAGACUUCUAG